UGUAUGGCGCAUUUGAAAUUCCGAGGGCCGAGAAAUUCCUUUUUGGAGACAAUACGAUACUAGUGUACGAUCUAUGAGUCGAGAAAUUACAAACUGCCAUGUCGGAGCGUUUCUCUGUUUUUUCGGUUCUCGAAGUUGGACCUGAACUGCUGCUGCGAGUGGGACCUGUUGCGAGAUGAUGUGCCAGUGAUGGUGAAGAUGGUGUCUCCUGAGCCAUGAUCAAUCAAGCACUGGCUCUUGCAUUGCGAGAUGAAAGAGCAAGAAGAGGACGAGGACCAGGUCAAGGUCGAGGACGAGGAGGAGGGCGUGGGGGUCCGGUUGCAUCACUUCGUCAACGCAACGACAGCAUCAGCAGCCCUAGCAGUAGCAGCACAACGACCAGAAGCAGCAGCAACAGCAACAGCAACAGCAACAACAAUGUCCAGGGCCCAACCACCGAUGAUGACUCGGAUUUCAGUCGCUGUCCGUCACCUUUGUUGACCAUCAGCGGGGGAUAUCGAGUGGACCCAUUCGCCAGGUAUCCUGUUGAACGGCCAUCUCGAGGUGUCCGCCAUAUGAUCGACUACUAUGUCCACAUCUGGGCCCCACAACAGGUAUCGGCAGCGACUUUUCGAAGCGGCAAAAAUGCUCUUGUGGCUCUAGUGAUGCCGUUGGCCUCAGAAAGUCGAAUGCUCUUUGAGGCGACAAUUGCCUUGACUCGAGCCUCCUGGGUCAUUAGGAGAGGCUUGGAUCCUCUGCAAGAUAUGAUGAUGCUUCGCCAUCGUUCUAUGGCCUCUGAGGAUUUGCGCACAAGCUUCGACUGUCCCCAGCCUGUCUUGACUGAUACUGUCUUACUGACUAUGGCGACUCUGUUGACUAUGAAUUACAUGAUCAACGACGCGGUGGCAUUCCAAGUCCAUCUCCGCGCCUUGGAACAACUACUUCGUCAUGUCUCACACUCAGAAGAUGAAGAAGGUGGCGAAACGCGAGCUUUUGUACGCGGUCGCGUACUUGCAUUCAGCGUUCUCGCCUCCUUUCUCCAAGCAGAUCAACCCGCGUAUGCAACCAGGAGCCAAGUCGGCCACCGCAUCAGCACUUUGACCUAUCCAGACCACCCUUUUCUUCCUGAGAUCAGUGAAAUGGUCGCAAAACUCCCUGAGGGGAUUGCGGAGGUUGUCUUGAGUCAGAGUAUUGCAAUCGAGUUUAUUAGUUUCCUGGUCAGCUUGAAUGAGUUGUUUGUAUCUAUGUCGACACCCCAUCGUCAUCAUCACCAUCAUCAUCAGCAAGAACACGAAGUAUCGCCAACGUCAUCAUUCCCUCAACGAGCACCACCACCCUUAACGAUACAACGUGCGAUUUACGAUCUUCAGUGCCUGUCGGCAUUACCUCUGACGAUGAUUGAAAGGCAAUUGGUGAGAGGACUACUAGCGUUCUCGCUGCAUUUAUACAACGAGACAUCAUUCCGAAUCCCACUGGGCCGACCCCUGCAGCCGAUUGUGGAAGGUUUCAACCAAGAAGUGGACUUGACGCGCCAUCAAUGGAUUCAACGCUGUCUCCUCUGGUGUGGGAUAGUGAUUGCCAGUGCCUGGGAUCGACAAGAGGAUGCGGCGCCGCAGCAACAUGCACUGCUGGCGCGUAUUCUGUCUGAGGUGCCUGAAGCACGCUCUUGGGACGAGACCAGGGAUUUGCUGCGUCGGUUCUGGUGGGCCGAUUCGCUACAGGACGACUGGGAAUUGUGUUGGAGGGCUGCAUCGUUCAAACAGUACCGUCAGAGGCGAGGGGCUUCCUCGGCUGAAUCAAUGGCUGAGUUGAUCCAAACCACGGAACCGGGUCAUGUCUCGGAGACGACUUCCUCUGCUGGUGAUACAACUGAUCAUGGCCCUUCUGGUCGUCUCUUGCGAUGGAGUUCGGGAUCUUAACGCCUUUCUCGAGCGAGGGAGAAGUCAAUAGGGGAAAUAGAUCGGCGGGAAAAAGAGGCUUGGUCACAACGAUCCCUCAUGAGGGCAGAUGGAUGAUGAUCGACUCGAUAGGGGUCGAUUUUGCCUGCCAGUGCCAUGUUAUAUGCAUCAACAUCGUGCCAUUACCUAUACUGGACAGCAUCUACUGGGGAGACAUUUGUAUCUGCAGCUGCAUCUGACUCAUGGCCUAGUCUGACUCAGGUCCAUGCACGAAAACAACGAUUGACAAGCCAACGCCUGGGCUAUGAUUCUCACAGAAGUCAUGUGUUGAGGUGACUUGAUGACCUGAUCGUGUUCAGGUGGUGAAUGGUGGAUAUCCUUGGGAUACAGGCCCCAGUUAAGCAUGCGUCAUCUAUCAUGGCUCAUAUCAGCCACGAGUUCAUGCAUGCUAUUGGACUUUGCUGGUUGGAUUUAACUGCGGGAGAACACCUUGACGGCACCGUCGCCUCCACAGCUAAUCACCCAUCGACCAUCAGGACUCCAUAUCACACUGCAUACUCCUUCACCUCUCAUGAUCCGGUGACUGGAGAUCUCUUGUGUACAACUUCGCUUUUCCAGCGACCAAAACCGUAAACUGGCGUCAUGUCCGCCCGACACUAACUCUUUGCCAUCUGGACUCAAUGACAGCGACGAGAUAGCCGCGGGAUGAGCGAGCAUGUCAUAUGUGCAUUGCCCUGCCUUCCUAUUAGUUAUCAGGCACCUCAAGAUGACUGCCACCAAGACUUACCACUAUUAGCAUCAAAGAAUCGAAUAAACCGGUCCUCGUA